CAGGAAACAAGAAGCGGUGACUCAGGAGCGUGUGAGGACUGUAAAGCGGUCCACAGGUCCAGGUCCAGACUGUCAGACGGGUCCGACAGACAUGGGGUCUCAGGAGUCAGUACCUCAGGCGGAGGGCGUCCACGUGGUGGUGGUGGGUGGUGGGUUCGGAGGCAUUGCGGCCGCUCAGCAGCUGAGAUCUGAAGGACUCAACUUCACUCUGAUCGACCUGAGAGACGCGUUUCAUCACAACGUGGCGGCGCUCAGAGCGUCGGUGCAGCCGGGCUUCGCUCAGAGGACCUUCAUCCCGUAUGCGGAGACGUUUGGGGACAGUUUUGUCCAGGGUCGAGUGGAGCGAGUGGACACCGACAGACAGAUGGUCGUCCUGCAGGGAGGGCGGGAAAUCCAGUACUCCCACCUCAUCCUGUGUACUGGGACUGAUGGGCCGUUCCCAGGGAAGUUCAACACCAUGGCGUCGUAUCAGACCGCCGUCCAGACGUAUGAGGACUUCGUCCAGCAGGUCCAGGCCGCCGACUCGGUGGUGGUGGUGGGAGGAGGGUCAACCGGCGUGGAAAUGGCUGCUGAGAUCAAGACAGAGUAUCCAGACAAGAAGGUGGUUCUGAUCCACUCCAGAAUCGGGCUGGCCGACCCGGAGCUGCUGCCCAGCGUCCGGCAGCAGGCCAAAGAGGUUCUGCUGGAGAAAGGAGUGGAGCUGCUGCUGGGCCAGAAAGUGUCCAACCUGUCUGAGCUGCGGCUGAAUGUCACCCAGAAGAACAUGGUGGUCACCACAGACAAAGGAGAGACACUGACCACAGAUCUGCUCGUCUGCUGCACCGGACUCAAGGUCAACUCUGCAGCCUACGCCUCCAGCUUCUCCGGCUGCCUGGCCGACAACGGAGCUCUGAAGGUCAACCAGCACCUGCGGGUCGAAGGUUUCAACAACGUCUUCGCCGUGGGCGACUGCGCCGACGUUAAGGAGCCCAAGAUGGCGUACCACGCCGGACUGCACGCCGCCGUCGCCGUGAGCAACAUCGCCAGCAGUCUGAGUGGGAGGGAGCUGACAUCGUACCAAACAGGUAACAUCACCAUGCUGCUGGCGAUGGGCCGAGACGACGGCGUCGGUCAGUUCAACGGGUUUAAGUUGCCUCGUUGCCUCGUUACUCUGGGGAAGAGUCGAGAUCUGCUGCUGUGGAAGAGCUGGAGGGAGAUGAAGCAGAAACAACCCUGAAGCACACACACGCACACACACACACACACACACACACACGCACACACACACACACACACACACACACACACACACACACACAGAAACCGGAUACAUGAUAGGACCAUCACUGAUUCCUGUUACGUGCCCACAGGACAACAGGUUACUGGGAGAAAUCAGGUUUAGCAGGAGAUCUGACGUGAAGCAGGUCAGUGAGCAGAUUUCUCUCCUCAAUGCAUUGUGGGAAAACUAGGACCUUUUUACUUGCCAUCCAGCAGCAGGUUGCACGUUCGGAGUUACCGUCACGAUCUCAGCGAUGUCCGCUGUCCACCCGGAGUGACAAGAGGCUCGUUUGGGGGAACUGGCCUGUGAUUUUAUUGUCGACGUGUCUGAAGUCAGGAAAAUACCUCUGAAGACGCGCCCUUCUCUGGGUAACACAUAGAAACAUUUGAAAAUGUCCCUUAAAUUGUUUCUACUUACCCGCAACAUGAUCUUGGAACCGUGGCGACAUAUUUUAAGUCCGUCAGUCCAGAUGCUGCUUCUGAUUUUUUCCUUUUUUCUCGUGUGGAUGUGACGAGGCUACUUACUGUUACAUACUGGUGAAUGCAGGGAUGUAUGUCUACAUCUCAGAUUAAAAACCUGUUUCCACGGACAAGGAAUGGUCUUGAGAUGGGGCUUCUCGUAUCCCCUGCCCCGAUCACCCAGACCGGUUCCUCCUCUGCUGCGCACGCUGUUUAAGAAAUGGGUUUCCUGCGGAGAGCCGACUUCAACCUGGCUACUGUGCGUAAACAUACCCAUAGAUUGGAUCCGUGUCCCGUCCUCGAACCUUAUCGCGAAUCCAGUUCAACCUCCCACCCCGAAAACCGGGGCUGAACUGUCAAACGGCUCUUUGAAGAAAACGUCCUCACUCUCUCAAACCCGACAACUGUGAUGGGCAGGUCACUGGGCAGGUCACUGAGCAGGUCAAGUCGAUCUGAACCGCACCGGGUCUCCACCGUGCUCACGAGUCACUUUACAACCUGUUCAGUUACGUUUCUCCUGAAUCCUUUGACCUCGACGUAGGCGACAUAAAGUGCAACCAAAAUGAAAAAAAUCAUUUCAGCUGCAGAGCCUCGUGUUUUAUCAACGAGAUU